AGUAUAACGAUGGGUUGUGCCAUCUGCUCACCCGCCCGUGCCCCACUAUGACGCCCCAGACCCUGGGAUGGACGUGGAAUGGCACCACCAAGGUGGCGGUAAAGACGCUGAAGCCGGGCACCAUGUCACCCGAGGCCUUCCUGGAAGAGGCGCAGAUCAUGAAGCGGCUGCGGCACGACAAGCUGGUGCAGCUCUACGCCGUCGUGUCCGAGGAGCCCAUCUACAUCGUCACCGAAUUCAUGAGCCAGGGCAGUUUGCUGGAUUUCCUGAAGGACGGUGACGGCCGCUACCUGAAGCUGCCCCAACUGGUGGACAUGGCUGCGCAGAUCGCAGCAGGCAUGGCCUACAUCGAGCGGAUGAACUACAUCCACCGGGACCUCCGCGCCGCCAACAUCCUGGUGGGCGACAACCUGGUGUGCAAGAUCGCUGACUUCGGCCUCGCACGCCUCAUCGAGGACAACGAGUACACGGCGCGGCAGGGUGCCAAGUUCCCCAUCAAGUGGACGGCGCCGGAGGCUGCGCUUUUUGGGAAGUUCACCAUCAAAUCGGAUGUCUGGUCCUUUGGCAUCCUCCUGACCGAGCUGGUGACCAAAGGCCGAGUGCCCUACCCAGGGAUGAACAACCGGGAGGUGCUGGAGCAGGUGGAGCGGGGGUACCGCAUGCAGUGCCCCGGGAACUGCCCCCCGUCCCUGCACGAGGUGAUGGGGCAGUGCUGGAAGCGGGAGCCCGAGGAG